AUGCAGCCGCAACAACAACAACAGCAACCGCUGGGAUUUCAGCUGGUUCGAGAGCCAUACCGAGCCACGGAGGAUCAAUUCCGGGCCUUUGUCCGCGGCAUGGACGCUGUUCUGAAUCAGUGGACUGCUUUACAUCUUGUUGCCCAUCACUGUGACCCUUCUGCCCUUCAAUCGAUGUAUCAGGAGCUUAUUUCCUGGUUUCAAUCAGAGGGCGAGGUGUACUCUGAUGACCUGGAAAUAUUUUUUGAGAAUUUCUUUACCGAAGUGCGGUCUGUUUUGAUCGAGGACGAUAGCAUGAAGGAGGUGGGAGAUGUGCUGCAUGAAAUGUACUGCCGUUGCUGCCAAAAUGACUUUAUUCUGGUGGAACAGUACUUGACUAGCUUGGAAGUGUACCGUCGGGUGAAUCCGGUGCGUCUUUCUGUGGAUGCGGGUAGUUACGACGACGGCGACAGCGAGAAGGGAACCGAAGCGACCGCCGACGGUGCAUUGGGGGCGGGGGCCCAAGGGAUACAGCCGACCUUUAACGAAGAAGGAGAAGGGGGUGCGCCGGUGGCAAAUGCCUCGCAGAAUCCACGGAAAAAGAGGGGUAAAAAGAACGCCUAUGAACGUGACAAUGAUGGCUGGUGCGUGGUGCAGCGAUAG